AUGAGUCGGGAGCCCUCAUGCAAGCAGCAACCCACAAAAUGUCGAAAGACGGAGGAGCUCCGAUUAUUGGAUGCAAUCGAAGCGAUGGAGGAAGGCGUGAAAGAAGCGAAGAUGGAAGUAACAGCAGGAUUCGAAAAAGAGAAACAGUGUUGGCGGUGGAUGCUGACGUAUUUUCAGAGAGGACCUGGGGCAAGCGAUAGCCCACACGACCAAAGAGUGGGUCCAAUGAAGAUAAUUUUGCGAAUACAAGCAGAAACAGAGAUCCUUAUUUUAAUCACGCAAGAUCUAGCGCCUUUACCUGAAGCUCGAUAUAUUUCAAUGAAAUUAUGGUAUUAUGAAGACAAAGUCCCCACCGAUUAUGAGCCUGAACUGUUUCGAGCUCCGUUGCCUGAAGAAAGUAUUUUCAAGUUUGGAGAAGUCCCUGCUGAAAUUCAUGUUGGACGCAUCGAUACGGGUCACCAUGCGCUAGAGGUGAAAGUCAAGACUACAAUAGAUGUGUCCCAAAUGUCCCAAGAACAAAAUACGGAAAUGAGGGAGGGGGGAACUCCACCAACAGCGGAUGAGGAGGAUGGCUUAAUGUCUCCACAUGUCCCAAAUGAAGCAGUUCUGAUACAUCGAUCAGCUGAAGACGAUGAACUGCAAUUGCUUGUUGGAAGGGCGCUGGAGCUUUGCACGAAUUGUAGCCCUCAUCAAAACUGCACGAGCAAUUUUUCUCAGGGCCUGUCCCAACAAUCGUUUCAUCGUGGUGAUCGACUCCUCAGUAUGAAGAAUCCUUUGACUUCUAUUGAAACGCCGUCUUCUCAAUUCCCUGAGAGGAUUAUCCCUCUUCCUCCUGAUUAUGAUAAAAUUAAAGAUGUUGUAUGGAGAAUGCAAGCAAACAACGCUGGUAAAAUCUCACAAGAUCAAGAAAUCUCACAAGAUCAAGAAAUCUCACAAGAUCAAGAAAUCUCACAAGAUCAAGAAAUCUCACAAGAUCAAGAAAUCUCACAAGAUCAAGAAAUCUCACAAGAUCAAGAAAUCUCACAAGAUCAAGAAAUCUCACAAGAUCAAGAAAUCUCACAAGAUCAAGAAAUCUCACAAGAUCAAGAAAUCUCACAAGAUCAAGAAAUCUCACAAGAUCAAGAAAUCUCACAAGAUCAAGAAAUCUCACAAGAUCAAGAAAUCUCACAAGAUCAAGAAAUCUCACAAGAUCAAGAAAUCUCACAAGAUCAAGAAAUCUCACAAGAUCAAGAAAUCUCACAAGAUCAAGAAAUCUCACAAGAUCAAGAAAUCUCACAAGAUCAAGAAAUCUCACAAGAUCAAGAAAUCUCACAAGAUCAAGAAAUCUCACAAGAUCAAGAAAUCUCACAAGAUCAAGAAAUCUCACAAGAUCAAGAAAUCUCACAAUAUAUAGCAGAUUCAAGAAGCAGCCCAGAGGAAGCAAAAGCGGCACGUUCUUGUUUCCUGGCGUCUUUCAUUGAAUUUUUUAGGUCACGGAAGGCCUGGUUAUGUCUGGCGCCAUUGCUUCUAUCUCCCCACCGUCGGAGUAAGCCUUGGUAUUAUCCAGUAACAAUAACAUUCUACAGUCGCAUUCUUCAUCACUGUUGCGCUUUGUCGCCUGUGCAGUGA